ACAACCUGUGGAGAUAGAGGAGCUCCUCAGCAAUCUCUAGUCUGACUAGGCCAGCUCCUCCCUUGGUUUAUAAGGGAGCAAUUUGGAGGAGUUCUAUAGGUCACCCACAAGUCACCUGAUCACUGACACCAUCCCAGGUUACAUAGCUUAACAACAGGACUUAAAGGUAUAGGCACUUAAAUACAGUGUAAGCUCUUGUGUCUCCUGAACACGUGUUCGGCUCUGCUGUGCGGUGGUGUGGUGUCAGGUUACUACAGCUCAGGAAUAUCUUCUCACUCCUGCAGCUGUUGUCAUCGCUCUGAGACAUCACACGGACACAGACGUAAGGAAAUCCCAGAAAGAAGGAAACAUCAGAGAUCAUGAAGCGCUGCUCGGGAGAAGAUGUAGAGAUCAUGAAGCGCUCAUUAGGAGAAGAUGGAGAGAUCAUGGAGCGCUCCUCAGGAGAAGAUGGAGAGGUCGUGGAGCGCUGCUCAGGAGAUGAUGGAGAGAUCAUGGAGCGCUCCUCAGGACAAGAUGGAGAGAUCAUGGAGCGCUCCUCAGGACAAGAUGGAGAGAUCAUGGAGCGCUCCUCAGGAGAAGAUGGAGUGAUCAUGGAGCGCUCCUCAGGAGAUGAUGGAGAGAUCAUGGAGCGCUCCUCAGGACAAGAUGGAGAGAUCAUGGAGCGCUCCUCAGGACAAGAUGGAGAGAUCAUGGAGCGCUCCUCAGGACAAGAGGGAGAGAUCAUGGAGCGCUCCUCAGGAGAAGAUGGAGAGAUCAUGGAGCGCUCCUCAGGAGAAGACCUCCUUACCCCUAAUGUCCAUCCAGAUCUAUCCUAUAAUAAUCCCCCUGAUCAUCAGGAACCUUCUCCUCACCGACCACACAUUGUUACCACAAGGACAGAGGAGAGAGGGGGGGAAAGGAAUCAAUGUGAUGAAUGUGGGAAAUAUUUCAGAAAUAGUUUAGGUCUUAUUAAACACAAACAAAGUCAUGAAAGAAUAAAGCCAUAUCCGUGUUCAGAAUGUGGGAAAUGUUUUGCAGAGAAAUCAACUCUUAAAAGACAUAGGAGAAUCCACACAGGAAAAAAGUCACAUUCAUGUUCAGAAUGUGAAAAAUGUUUUACAAAUAAAUCAGCGCUUGUUGUACAUGAAAGAAUUCACACAGGAGAGAAGCCAUAUUCAUGUUCAGAAUGUGGGAAAUGUUUUACAAGUAAAGGUAAUCUUGUUAGACAUGAGAGAAUUUACACAGGAGAGAAGCCAUAUUCAUGUUCAGAAUAUGGAAAAUGUUUUAAAACUAAAUCAGUGCUUGUUCUACAUGAGAGAAUUCACACAGGAGAAAAGCCAUAUUCGUGUUCAGAAUGUGGGAAAUGUUUUACAAGUAAAUCCAUUCUUGUUAUACAUGAGAGAAUUCACACUGGAGAGAAGCCAUAUUCAUGUUCAGAAUGUGGAAAAUGCUUUACACAAAAAGGAAAUCUUGCUAUGCAUCAGACAAUUCACACAGGAGAGAAGCCAUAUUCAUGUUUAGAAUGUGGAAAAUGGUUUAAAUCUAAAUCAGAGCUUGUUCUACAUCAGAGAAGUCACACAGUAGAAAAGCAAUAUUCAUGUUCAGAAUGUGGGAAAAAUUUUACAACUGCAUCAAGUCUUUUUAUACAUGAGAGAAUUCACACAGGAGAGAAGCCAUAUUCUUGUUCAGAAUGUGGAAAAUGUUUUACAACUAAAUCAGCGCUUGUUGUACAUGAAAGAAUUCACACAGGAGAGAAGCCAUAUUCAUGUUCAGAAUGUGGAAUAUGUUUUACAGCUAAACCAGCGCUUGUUCUACAUGAAAGAAUUCACACAGGAGAGAAGCCAUAUUCAUGUUCAGAAUGUGGAAAAUGUUUUACAAGUAAAGAUAAUCUUGUUAGACAUGAGAGAAUUCACACAGGAGAGAAGCCAUAUUCAUGUUCAGAAUGUGGAAAAUGUUUUAAAACUAAAUCAGCGCUUGUUCUACAUGAGAGAAUUCACACAGGAGAGAAGCCAUAUUCAUGUUCAGAAUGUGGGAAAUGUUUUAAUAAUAAACCACAUCUUGUUAGACAUGAGAGAAUUCACACAGGAGAGAAGCCAUAUUCAUGUUUAGAAUGUGGGAAAUGCUUUAUAGUUAAAUCAUAUCUUGUUACCCACGAGAGAAGUCACACAGGAGAGAAGCCAUAUUCUUGUUCAGAAUGUGGAAAAUGUUUUAGACAGAAAUCACAGCUUGUUCUACAUGAGAGAAGUCACACAGGAGAGAAGCCAUAUUCAUGUUCAGAAUGUGGAAAAUGUUUUAAAAUUAAAUCAGUGCUUGUUGUACAUGAGAGAGUUCACACAGGAGAGAAGCCGUAUUCAUGUUCAGAAUGUGGGAAAUGUUUUACAACUACAUCAAGUCUUGUGUUACAUGAGAGAGUUCACACAGGAGAGAAGCCAUAUUCAUGUUCAGUAUGUGGGAAAUGUUUUACAAGUGCAUCCAAUCUUGUUGCACAUGAGAGAAUUCACACAGGAGAGAAGCCAUAUUCAUGCUCAGAAUGUGGGAAAUGCUUUAUAGUUAAAUCAAAUCUUGUUACCCAUAAGAGAAUUCACACAGAGGAUAAACCAUAUUCAUGUUCAGAAUGUGGGAAAUGUUUUAAGCAGAAAUCAAAUCUUAUUACCCAUGAGAGAAUUCACACAAGAGAGAAGCCAUAGUAAUUUUAUGAUUGGGUGAAAUGACGAGGAUAUCCUAUCACAGAGGAUAAACCAGGUUCUUGUUUGGAAUGUGUGAAAGUAUUUACACCCCUGGGACCGCCCACAUUCCAUCAGUUCUAAUGCUAUAAAGCAUAGGAGGGCGGAGUCUAUAAUACAAGAUGAUAGCAUUAUAUUAGGGGUUUCCGAUGAUUCUUUAGGGUCAGGGAUUGUAUAGGGAGAUGGAGGGUCCGAUCCCUAUAUAACCCCGGGGUGAUUUGUAGUAAUAACCGUCCCGUUCCUGGUGUGUGGGUGUGUUUGCACACCUGUGAGGGGAGAUGAGUGCGAUACGUGUGAACUCCUCACAUCUUACAGCUUUAUACACUUAGUUUGCAGUAGACGUCUCUUGAAUAUUCAUCUUUGUUCCUUCUAGUCUGUGAUGUAAAGUUGUAGGAAGACGCCUGUAUUAUCAUUAUGUGCUAUAUAUCUAUAUACACAAACUCCUUCCUGAUGAUUAACCCCUAAUGUGCUGGGGAUAUAGUUCAGCCUAUAGUCAGGUGAAGUCAUUUGUGAUUGUCAGGAAGGUUUUACCUUCAGCCUAUGUUCAUAUGUAGACGCUGACUAAGACCACUCUGCACCCGAAACCCGUCAGUCUUUUCCUGUCUAUUCAUGCUGCUCGAGUGUAUUUUAUUAUCUUCUAAAUAAAGGAUUGAAUUGUAAGGAAUUUCAUUACUUGUGUGAUGUCUACAGCUCAUAAUGAUUAGAUACAGAUUAGA